AUGCAGGACCGGUGGAAAGUACUGAUGCUGCUAGUGCUGGUGUUGACUGUAGCCAAGACGCUUGCAUCGCUGAAUGCUCUGCGUCCCCGAGACUGCCAUUCGACUAUCAUCGAGAUGGAGACGCAAAUUCUGGAGAGUUAUCUAGCGGAUCAACAUGGCGUUACGGUAAUUGACACCAGCGUCGAGAUUCCCAUAGUUUCACCCUUCUGUCUCCGUAAUCCGAUGGUGCUGUUGAAGACCUUCACCCUGCAUCAUUUCCAGCAGUUUGUGAAACAAUCUCAAAAAACGAUUAAAGACCAGUUUGACUAUCCAAUGAAUGAAUGCUUCGUCGGUGCGGGCCUUAUGGAAGAGCUAGCUCAACAGCUCAUUCCCUACCUCUCGCUGUACAAUCCAAGGGCAAAGAUACUGCUCAUCACACACGAAAUGGCAGAUGCAGAGUUAGUGCAACUAUUCCACGAUGCCUGGUACCGGUACCGAAUGUUACAGGUAGUAGUCCUGAACCACCGGGAUAAUGAUACUAUCGAUAGUUGUGUGUUUAAUCCCUUCACAAAAGCUGCCUAUGCACGCGGUUCGAUCGAUUUCGAACAGCCAACGGUGCGCUCCGAUUUGGAUUGCACUUUGCUCACGCACGAGCUCGAAGUAUUGCCCUAUGGCUGGCAACUGAAGGAGUUUGUGAGAAACCGUGUUCGUAAUCUUCACGGAUAUCCAAUGCAUAUUGCCAUGCACGUCAGUAAUGGAUCCUCGUCGGCCUACGACUGUAUUCUCGGAGCAGUAAGCAUUACCGACAUCGACCAGGAGGUGCUAUCGACCCUGCAGACCAGGAUGAACUUUAGCAUGGUGCUGCAUCACAACGAGCUGGAGCUAUCGAUCGGGUACAUUCACAAGAACGGGACGCCCGUCGGAGCACUCGGUCUCAUCGAGCACAAUCUGAUCGAUCUGGCGGCCAACUCGCGCAUCAUGUACAAGUACGAUACGCGCAAUCUGCUCUACCUGAACUACAUCUCGACGGAGAAGCUGGUGUUUCUCACGCCUCGCAACUAUUACAGCAAUCGCGAUAAGAUGCUCGUCUUUAUCAAUCCAUUCAGUGUGGCCUACAUGCUCAUCAACGUAGUGCUGUCAUUCGGUGUGCCGAUGAUCAUUUGCCUGCUCGAUUAUCUGUACUAUCGGAAUACACUGCCGCGAAGCACACAAAAGCCAACCUACGGUACGAAGGUAAUGAGCCUUCUGGGUAUCAUUUAUAAUGUAUCGGUCCGGUUGCCGCAAGCACCACAUAAACGCUGGAUAAUCGUGGGCCUGCUGCUGUACAACAUCGUGUCCUAUCCGAUCUGGCAAGCCGUUACAAUACGCUACCUCCACCCAAGCAACCAGCUGGUGAACAACAUCAACAGUCUGGAACAGUUGCUCGCUACCGAGCUGAAGCUGAAGGUGUCGCAUUACCAUGAGCUCAUUGUGCGGCACGAAGACUCCCAGUUGCACAAUCCACUGUACGCCCAGCUGUCCGAUAGGUUGACGACGGAAAACACUUCCUCGUUGCGGGAUGCUAUCGAAGAUAUCAUCAUCGAUCAGGACUCGGCCCUGCUCAUUGCGGACGCGUACGUACCGCUUGUGCUGGCGGGAAAUUAUCACUGGGUACCGGGCAAACCGGACGCGAUCUGGCCGAUUGCGAAACCCAUCUACGAGUUCUACAAAUCGAUGGCCGUUCCAAAGAUAUCACCCUUCAUCGAUACGUUCAAUGCGAUCGUGGUGACCUGUCUCGAGGCAGGCAUGAACGAUCGCUUCAUGCAUCAGCUCGAAUCGGUCGUUCAGCUGAUGAAGAUGAAGCGCACCAAGGAUCUUCCGAACGAGCCGGACCAUUACAUAGUCUUCACAAUGGCCCAUCUGUCGCCGCUGUUUGUGUUUUACUUCUCGAUGUUGGCACUGUCCGGAUGCAUUUUCUUACUUGAACUAAUCGUACAUCGUAUCCAGACGGCACGAACGCGCGCCCCGCCUGUUACCGCUGCGGUUGAAGAUGAGUACGUCCCGUUUGAGUUUGUCCUGUAG